AUGAUCGAAGAUGCCUUGGAAACCUAUUCGGCAGAUCGAAUCGGAGAACGAGAUUAUGCACUCUAUUCAUCGGGUGGCAGAAUCAUACCUUCUUUUACUUCUCCCACUUUUGGCCUUCGUAAACGCUCUUCUUCACCUUUGGCAUGGUUCAGUAAAGCUCCUCUGCUUGAGCGUGUUGGCGCUGAAGGACAACCACCAGUGAUCGCUUUGGUUCCUGAUGUAACGCCAGGAAUGUGUUGGGCUUUCGCUGGAUCGGAAGGUACUUUGGGAAUCUCGCUUGCUCGACGUGUUCUUGUAUCAAAGAUCACUAUGGAACACACUUCUCCUUCCAUUUCUCACGAUCAGAGCAUUUCUGCUCCUCGUGAUGUGACUGUUUGGGGUAUCGGUGAAGAAGAUUCCAUUUUACCUGCGCCAAUUCCACCUUCUGAUCGUCAUCUAUUAUUGAGCACAUUCACUUAUGAUGUUUUGGCUUCAAAAAUGAUUCAACAAUUCCCAAUUUCACGCGAAGCUGAACAAUUGAACAUUCCGAUUGCCAUUGUUCAAAUGCAAAUUCAUUCAAAUCACGGCAAGAAAGAUUAUACGUGUUUAUAUCGCGUUCGUGUUCAUGGCAACGAAUGGACCUUGGAAGAUGAAUUGCAAUCUCAAAAUUAA